AUGUUUGGGCUAUUUAGUAUCUUAAAUAGCUUAGUGUCGGUGAUUUUCCCAAUUUUUGGGUCAUAUAAAUCAGUUGAAAAUUAUAACAAUGUUGCAAAUGAAAUUGCGUUAUCGAAUGUUAAUAUUGGAGGGUUUCAAGUCCCGAUUAAUGCAUUGCUAAGGAAGUCGGGAGACUCCACUGCUGGAACCGAAAAUGGCGAAGAAAGUUUACAAAGACAUUUAAUAUCGAUACAGAAGUGGAUGGUUUAUUGGAUAGUAUACGCAUCUUUAAGUGUUGUUGAGAGCGUGUUUUUGUUGCGGUACAUUGUCCCGAUGUACUCAUUGAUAAGGCUUGGGAUAUCGGUUUGGUUAAUAUCUCCCAUGAUUAUUGGGCCAGUUGGAGAUACUACGGAGAGUAACAACAUUGUAGCUCGAAAGAAGGAAUUUGAUGUAUUUCUGCAAAGUGGAUGUGGAUUAUGCUACUAUCGUUUUAUUAAACCUUGGCUAGAUGGCGAAUUCAAAUUAUUUGGAGGGAUUGACUUAUCGAAGAUCGUCUCGCCCUCGAUUUUGGGAUAUAUCAAUCAGUACGAAUUGAUCCAUUACAUUACGCUGUACUUGAAUUUGAAUAAACCUGGUGAGGAUCGUUCUGGAAGUAACUUUUUUGAAUUAGUAAAAUCAAAGGUGGUGGAUUCGAGUGGUUCGUAUUUAUUCGUGAACAACUGUUUUUCAGAUAAAGCCACGGGUGAAACCUCUGCUGCAAAAGAUAUGCGUUUGAAUCCAAAUACUCUAGUUGAACAGACGGGAGCCGACUCUACCCUGGUGAAUGUGUUGUAUGAAGAAUAUGAUGUUGUUGAUAAGCCUGGAGCUCAAGAUAGCUUAGGAAACAUCAAAACUGAGCCCAAGAUCGAAAAGAGAAAGGGCUGGAUUUGGUAA